GGGACCGGGGGUGUUGUCAGCCCUGUGCCGGUUGCCGGCGUUCGGUCGGGGUCGGGGUCGCGCAGCGGCGGGCUGGGGCCGGGGCAGGGCCUCGGUAUCUGUUCCCGACGCCGGCGUUGUGAAAUGGGGCUGUGAGCACCUUCCCGGCAGGCUCCGUGAUUGCUUGUAAAUCACCGUAAUGCCCCGGGCUGAGAGGCGCUAAGUGCCAAUCGUGUCAUUAUCUCGAGCCGGGCCAUAUUUCAUUGAGUUAAAAGGAGCGAAUCCUCUCUCUGCUUCAGACAUCCACCCCCCCCUCCCCCGGCUUCUAUCGGGUACCAGCCUAAUUACCAGCCUUCCCCGGGAGCAGAGCAGAGCAGAGCAGAGAGCAAUUAGCGCAGAGGGCGGCGGCCGUUCGCCUCGGGUGAACCGGCGCAGCCCCUCGUGCAAGCGAUGCGGGUGUCUGCACGCCCCCGGCCCCAGAGGCCGCACGGAGCCCCCGCAUCCCCGCACCGCCCCGUGCCCGGCAGCAGGCAGGUCAGCCCUAGCAGCUCGGCACGGCCCGGGGCCGCCGCCAGAACCCUUUCCUUCCCGCUGCGCCCAUUUGCUCUCACCGCCGGGAGCGGCUCUCGGCCACGUGCGGGUGUGAGAUGGCGCGCAGCCUGCUGGACUCUGCUGCAGCCCCGGGCCUUGGCGCAGCGCUGUGGCGGGGCGGCGUUCCCCCGCCGCUAAAUGGGGCCUGGCGGGAGCGCGGCUGCUGGUUGUGCUGGAGGGGUGCCUGGGGAUGAGCUGCGCCGGUGUCUGGUGCCGCACUUGUGCCGGGCCUAAUGGUGUAAAACAAGCCGCGAUGGUGUAAAGCCACCCCUGCUGUUCCUCGAGAGCUGUGCGGAGCGCCGCUGGGCUGGUGGCUCCCGUGUGCCACCCGCACGCUGCUCGAGCUUCUCCAGGCCUUCUAACAGAGCUGUGUGGGUCUGGCCCUAUGGAAGGACUGUGCCCAGGCCCCUCUCCCUGCUUCCCCCCACCAGCCCCGCUGCUCCCAGCACGCUGAUUCUGCACAGCAGUGGGACCCCAGUGCUGUACCCCCGGUGUGGGGGUUUGCGCCUGUAAUUCAUUGACAAGGGAAAUUUUGACCCCCACGGCCUGGUGCAGGAAGCUGAUGCUGCGCUCCUGGGUGUGACGGGAUAAAUAUCACCCUGCCCUUCUGCUGCCCCUCUCUGCACCAGGAGGGGUUUGCAGACGUGAAGCAGGAUCCCACAAUGACUGACAGGCACACGUGUGCAGACACAGAGCCCCAGUGAUGUGCCGGUAUUUGUGAACAGACACCCCUCUCCUCGCAGUGCCCGCAUUCCCUUGUCUGAUGUUUGCCCCUGCUGGAGGCCCUCCAGCAGUACAGUACAGCUGCAAAGGGCACCAGGUGGCAAGGCCUUGCACUCAGGAUGGGAUCCUGUUGCGUUGAGCUCACCCCUCUUAUGAAAAGCCGGGGAUGGAGAUGAACACAGCCUCUGAGGGAGGCACCCGCCGGGGGCCGGAAAAUAAGCAUGAAGAAAAAGUGCAGGAUCCCAACAGAGGGGAGGCAGAGACCAAGGCAGAGAUGGGGAACAAAACAUGGGCAGACCUGGCCGGGGAGAUGAAGACUUUCCUGUGGAACCCAGAGGAGAGAACCUGCAUGGGGAGAACAGCCAAGAGCUGGGGCCUGAUCUUACUGUUCUACUUCAUCUUCUACACGUGCCUGGCGGGGAUGUUCGCCUUCUGCAUGUAUGUGAUGCUGCUCACCCUGAGCCCCUACACACCCACCUACCGGGACCGUGUGUCUCCGCCAGGAGUAAUGAUCAGACCAUACCUGAAUGGCUUUACUAUUGCCUUCAACGUCUCCAAGCCCAGCACUUGGCAGCCAUAUGUGGACAGCAUGCACCAGUUCCUAGCAGCUUACGAUGACAAAGUUCAAGAGGAGAAGAACAUCGAGUGCAUCUCAGGACAGUACUUCAUCCAAGGGGGCAACGACAGCGAGGAGAAGAAGGCCUGCCAGUUCAAGCGCUCACUGCUGCAGAACUGCUCAGGGAUUGAGGAUCCGACAUUUGGCUUCUCUAAGGGCCAGCCCUGCAUCCUGCUGAAGAUGAACCGGAUCAUAGGCUACCGUCCUGGUGCUGGGGUCCCUGUGAAUGUGGACUGCAAAGUGCAGAAAGGCAAUGAGAGCGAUCUGAGGUCAGUGGACUUCUACCCUGGGAACGGCACAUUUGACCUCAUGUAUUACCCCUACUAUGGCAAGCUCACGCACGUCAACUACACGUCCCCCCUGGUGGCCAUGCACUUCACAGAUGUGAAGAGGAAUAGUUUGGUCCACAUUCAGUGCAAGCUGAACGGGAAAGGGAUCAUCAAUGACGUUAACAGCGACCGCUUCCUGGGCCGGAUCAUCUUCACACUCAGCAUUGGAAAGUAGCCAGCAAACACAGUGCGUGAGGUUAAGUUGGUCAGAGGCUUUCCCUUUUUAAAACAUAAAGACAGCUUUUUUUUUCCUUUUUUUUUUUUUUUCUCUCUCUCCCACUAGGAAAACAGACACAUGGAAAUUUUUGUUAACUUAUUUUUUUUAUAUAGUUAGGAAACAAAUGAGAUGCAGCAGCAUGGAACCACAUCUUUCAGCAUCUGAUGUAAAUCACGAUUAGUAAAUAUUAAAAGUUACACCUUGGGCAGAGAACUUGCAAAAGCAUUUCAGUAUUUAUUAGAAGAACUCCAGUACCUGAACACUGUUUCUAUAAGAUCUUUUACACAUGACCUUUGUUUUAAUCUUUACAAUAGUUUUAGGUGCACUACUCAGGCAACAGCUAACGAGAUGGUGGUUUAUCAGUACUAUUCCUGUUCAAAUACCAAACAGCAAACAUUCUGGAUGAUGCUUGCAGUGACAGUUAACAAGAUAUAAUGGCAAACCUCAAAACACCACUGGGACUGCUGGCAGCAGCAGCACCCUGCCUGCAGUUCUGUCUGCCUGGCCCAUACAGGAUGCUGCAGCCAGGGCUGCCUGGCCCCAUCGCCAGCUCCAGGGCCAGCAGUGUGGCUGUGCCAGCCCUGAGAGGCCUCAACAAGGCUUCCUCCGUGUUAACGAUGAUCACAUUAAUUGCUAUCUUUGUUCCCUAGGACAGCAAGGCACAGCGGUGAUUUCAGCAUCUAGGCAAACACUUUGUUUCUACAGGCACUCAGACUCACUUUAGUUUUGAUUAUUUGGAAAAGGAGAUCUUUUAUUAUACACACCUUCAUAUUUAACAUACAGGGGGCGUAUUUCACCUCUCAGGUACAAUCAGGGCAGGACACCUUAGGACCACGCACUUAGGAAAGCACACUUACUAAAACUACUGACUGAACAAGAGCAUUGUGGUAUGUUCGCCCUACAUCCUCAUCCAGAUACUUAAUCUGCCAUCACUGCUGAUCUAUAUAAGUCUCUAAGAAGCCCUUUUUUGUAUUUAUUAAAGUGACGACAGUCUAA